ACGUUAUGUAUAACAUGACUGCUACGUUGAGAUCGAAUAUUUACUCGAGCUACUUAGCGCCUGAUGAAUUAGAUGUUUUUGAUUAUUUUAAGAAAGUUGAAGCAGAGAAUUGGAAACUAAAACAUUAUCUUAACUAUCGUUUAGAAAACGAAAAUGUAAUCCCACCUUGGCUCACUGUUUAUAAUGAUUGGGAAAGUUCUCUCGAAAUUAUCAAAAAAACAAAUAAUAAAAAAAUUCCGGUCAGUAUACGUUCAUUUUGCGAAGAAUUAUCAAACGUUAAUACUUUUGAAGGCUCGUCAAUCAUGAAAAGUUGUACGGAGUGGUACGACGAUUUCCAUGAUCGAUACUUUGAUCUGCAACUUGCUGAAAGGGCCCAAUAUAUAGAGAGAAAUAUAUAUUCAUCACAGAAAGUAUCAAAGUGGUUACGAGGAAGAACAAGCGAAAAAAGGAGAUCACAGAAUGGUGAGGCGACCCUAUCAAAAAAUGAAGUGGCCAAUGAACAGAAAAGGAGAAGUGAACAAUUGACAGAAGAUUUAAUGGAAGAAUCAAUAGAAGAAACGAAUAAAUCAAUUCUCUUAUUUGACGAGUCAUGUGAAAAUGAUUUAGUUUCAAAGCAAGAUAAUUUUUGGCAAGGCAUCUCCGAGAAGUUUGUGAGAUAUCAAAAUAAGAUCCCCCAAACACGCAAAAUUAUAACAUUGGGUUAUUGGGGCAUUUUCGAUUUGACACAAGAGAGUUUCCAUGGUUGCACAGAAUUCUCCCAGAGCGAAAUCGACAAAAUAUCACAAGAUUUUUCCGAUCACGUCCACUGGUCUCCGGAACCAGCUCCUGAAUAUCUCCAAAAAUAUUUUGAAUCUAAUUGUGAUCCUUCUAAGAUUGGAGAUAUUGAGGAUUAUGCAACGUUUGAAAACCUCCACAUGAAUAUUAAAUUUGCAAUAUGUCAUAUGUCUUCCGUAAAGGGAGCUAAGACAGAAGAAUCACUCAAAUUUACAACGAUGUACCCUUUGUUUAAUGCAGUCGUGGAUCCAUCAUUGGUUAAUGAUAUAUGGGGAGAGGUUCAAGCGAUUGGUUCUAAAGAAGCAAGAAACGAAGAUGCAAAUCCUUUUGUUAAGGCUCGCAUUGGAAGAAAGGUCGACAUGAAAGGAGUCUUGACUAGGACUUCAAACAAAUUUGAAGCAUUAUACGGGGAGGUUGCAGGUGGACUUUCCUCGAUUGGCAUCUCGCUUGCUUCACGGAAAAAAAAGUAUUUUGAUAAGAUCAAACUCGCCGUGUUGAUGCGAGAUUCACUCAAUCAUGUUCUUAAAGAAUGGAGAUAUUUAUGUGACGAUCAGAGAAAGGAAAUAAUUGUAUUUGGUUGGACACUUGCGGGUUUGGAUUUAUCAUUAUACGCUUUGGACUGGGCCGGGGAUGGCAUAUACCGUUUCGGGAGAAUCGAUCAUUGUUCAUUCCCACUCAAUAAGGAAAGCUGUAUUUUAUUUGAAGAUGUCUUUUGUCUUCUAAAAGAGUUAGAGAGGAAAUUGUCUGAAACAGAAACUCUCAUCCAAAAAUUACAUUCCGAAAACAUUCGUGGAAAACGUAGGAAGACGAAUACCGAAAAUAGCCCAGUUCUCAACCUUAAAAGAACUCCUAAGUGA